GGGACUUGCAGCUCUUUUCUGGCUGCCGCCGAGGCGGCGGGCGGCAGAGGGAGGACAGCCCGGCCGCGCACCGGCUCUCGGGGGGGGUGACCGGCCCCGCCGCCCCCGCGCACCAUGGCCGGGCUCCUGCCGCUGCUGCUGCUCCUGGCGGGAUCUGCCUGGGGCUCCAAGGACAAGUGCUUCACGAAGAUGUACACAACAAGUGGGGAGUGCUGCAAAGCCUGCAACCUGGGAGAGGGAGUGGUGCAGCCCUGCGGGGUCAACCAGACCAUCUGUGAGCCCUGCCUAGACAGUGUCACCUACUCAGACACGGUGAGUGCCACGGAGCCGUGCAAGCCCUGCACACAGUGCGUGGGGCUGCAGAGCAUGUCCGCACCCUGUGUGGAGUCGGACGACGCUGUGUGCCGCUGUGCUUACGGCUACUACCAGGAUGAGCAGAGUGGGAGCUGCAAGGAGUGCCGGGUGUGCGAAGUGGGCUUUGGCCUCAUGUUCCCGUGCCAGGACUCACAGGAUACAGUCUGCGAGGAGUGUCCUGAGGGCACCUUCUCCAGUGAAGCCAACUUCGUGGACCCCUGCCUGCCCUGCACCACCUGUGAGGAGAAUGAGGUGAUGGUGAAGGAGUGCACGGCCACCUCGGAUGCCGAAUGCAGAGACCUCCACCCUCGCUGGACAACACACACACCAUCCCUGGUGGGCUCUGAGAGCCCUGAGGCCAUCACCAGGGACCACUUCAACACUGAAGUGAUGCCCAGCACCCCGGCAGACACUGCCACCACCAUCAUAGGCAGCUCACAGCCUGUUGUGAGCCGCGGCACUGCUGACAACCUCAUCCCUGUCUACUGCUCCAUCCUGGCAGCUGUGGUGGUGGGCCUGGUGGCCUACAUCGCUUUCAAAAGGUGGAACAACUGCAAACAGAACAAGCAAGGGGCCAACAACCGCCCGGUGAACCAGACACCUUCACCAGAGGGUGAGAAGCUGCACAGCGACAGCGGCAUCUCGGUGGACAGCCAGAGCCUGCAUGACCAGCAGCCACCCAGCCAGAGCACCCAGGGGCCAGCGCCCAAGGGAGAUGGGAAUCUCUACACCAACCUGCCACCCAGCAAGCAGGAGGAGGUGGAGAAGCUGUUGGGCAGCUCCACAGAGGAGACAUGGAGGCGGCUGGCCGGGGAGCUGGGCUACAAGGAGGACCUCAUAGACUCCUUCACCCGGGAGGAAUCACCUGCCCAGGCUCUCCUGGCCGACUGGUCCUCCAAGGAGACAGCCACCCUUGAUGCCCUGCUUGCUGCCCUGCGCAAGAUCCAGCGUGGGGACAUCGUCGAGAGCUUGUACAGCGAGUCCACCGCCACCUCUCCCGUCUGAAGGGUGGCCUGGGGCAGCCCCAUGGGGUCCCCUUCCCCCUUCACCUCUCCCCUCCCUGGCACCAAGAGCCCUGAAGGGGAGGGUGGGAAGGAAGUGGGGGGUCCCCAGGCCCCCCCAAUUUACCGUCCCGUAUGCACUAAGCUCCUGUUUUCGGUAUUGCCCGCUCCCUAUGCCGCCUUCCCCUGGCAGCUCAUAAGUGGGUUGGGUGCGGGGCUCAAUGCCCAAAGCCUGUCUGCCACUGGAGCAUCCUCUGAGCCCUGUGAGGCUGGACAGACAGACGCAGGAAUGAGCACUGCACUCUCAGCCCUCUCCUCUCUCCUCUUCCAGCCCCUUCUCCUUCCUCCUUGGGGGUCCAGUCCUCCUCUUCCUUCUGCUCUUCCUCCUUGGCCCACCCUGCCGCUAUUUCCUUCUCCCUUCCAACACCCUGAAAUCCAGCUGCUUUCCCCAAACCACAGGUCUGGGGUGGGAAUGGAGAGAACUGGAUCUGCUGUACCAGGAUCUGGGGAGGGGUCUGGUCCUACAGAUGGGCUGUGUCAAGGCGGGGUGUUCUGGCAGAAAGGACUUGGCUUCCAGCAGCCCAACUUACACUGUGAAAUUUGGGGGGCACAGCCUCCAUGCAUGGUCCACGGGGCUGCCAGCAUUUGGUCUCAGUGAGGAGCGGCUGGGACCACCCAAACAUUGAGGACCAGACAUAUAGGUGCCACCAGUUCCCCAGAACUGGAGCUCUGUGGGGGAACACUGAAGGUCUAAAGGGCUGAAAAAGUGCCUGCCUGCAGCAGGGACAUGACAUGGGCUCUGCUCAUCCUUCCCUUGGCACCAGUCCUGGUGUUCCUGCACUGCGUCAACCCGGGGGCAAAGCCACCCUGCUGUGAUUGCACUGUCCCUCCUCGCCUGGAGACCCAGUAGGGGCUGGCGGUCCCAACCUCCUUGUAAGGGCUAAGGGCUCCUUCUCCAGCACUGUGAAGGGUGGCUAAGAAAUGCCCCUGCCUGAUCUGCUGUGGGCCUUUUGCCUCCAUGUGGCUGCACAGUGGGUGCUGCCCACCCUCAGUGCACCACCUGCCUCCCCACGGCAUCCCUGGUUGGCCUCAGCACCUCCCUCCACUUGGGACCCCACCACAGCCCUGGGGAAGGGACAUCACUCACCGCCUCCACAGCUGUAAGUGCGUUUUCUUGGCAUAUCAGCACCCUGCCCAGCACCCAGCUUGCUCAGAGGUGAUUCUGGAGAGCAGCAGCCGGGCAGGCGAGCACCCUGUUCCCCCUGUGAGCUGCUGCUGAGCAGCCAGCACAGUCCUGGGGGACGUCCCCAAUACGGCUUUGGUGCCUCGCUUGCCUGGAGCAUCAUGAGCUUUUUGCAGAGGAGGGACUGCAAGGUGAGCUGGUGCACGCACCUGAUGCUGGGUAUGUCUGUACCUAUGGACUCCCCUUUGCCUUGGAUUCAGCCAGGAACGCUUUCCUGAAGGCAGAAGGUGACGUUCUUUCCCUCCUUAAGGAGAUAAGCAAGACUUGUAAAUAACACUGUGUCGUUUUACUAACUGCUUGAUGUUUCUACAUGUGACAUGGGGUGACGGCGCCUGCUCCAGCCCCUCUACUCUUCCUCACAGCCUUUCUGCCUGCAAGGCAAGCUUUUGUCUUGCAGCCGAAGCCUUCGGUCCCACCUUGUUUCUGGCCUUAAAGACUCAAUGGGGAGGCAGGGAAACAUGCACACCCCAAAAAUCACUGCAGCAUGUCCAUGAAAACAUGGGAACUUGGGAACAUGGAAAGAUUUGGUGUUCCUGGUGGAGCUGCCAGGUGUUGGGAAGGAGUGCUUUCUGAGGGAUUGGAGCCUGCGUCAAUAGGAUUCCAGUGCCCAGAUCCAGUGCCCAGAUCCUUCAAAAGCUGUCAGGAAUUUUGCGCCCUGUGCUUUGGAUGAUAAAGCAGCACAGGCUGAAUCUGAAUCUCCAGUAUAUGGUAUUUGACACCUCCUGCAGCAAAAAAGCAAAGAUCCCUUUGGAGGAACACCACCUGCAACAUUUUGGCCGCUGGCUGCCCAUGCCAAACCCGUUGGUUAGAAACACUUGGCCCUGACAGGGCUGUGAGUCCCUCGUCCAAGGCCUGAACCUCUCCCAUCACUAAAAUCCAAUGAAACUGCCCUAGAUUUGCAACCCUGCUUGCAGUGGGCAACUCUGGCUUGCAACCCCCCAGCAGGGUUGCUGGCUUCUGCCAGACGAAGCCAUCCAAAGGGGUGCUUUUGGAUUAAUUUAAACAUUGGUUAUUGUCAGGUUGUUUCCAUCAGUCCCUUUUUUUGCUGAAGCAACUAAAAUAUAAACUGAGGGCGACUGGAAUAAAGUGCCCAGGUCAAAAGCCAAACAAACUGCUCGAAUCAGUCUGACAAGUCAACCUGGCCAUACCUUGCCAGCUGGAAAUUGCUUUUCUUCAGGACAAUAUUGCCAUGGUCUCAGGUUUCAAUUGCCAUAGUAAAGGGAUUUCCUCAGGGCUGAGGAAAUGGAGACAAACUCAGCAUCCAAAGAGAAGCUGGGGGACGCCUUACAUCCCUGAUUGCAGAAAAUAAAUAAAAAUAUUAAAAAAAAAA